AUGUCGAAGCAAAAGAAGGAAGUGGUGAUUAACCUUGACGAGGUGGAUGAACAGACGGGGUAUAAAUCCGCCGAACUGUUUGUGUGGCUGAAGUUUGAUGAGACGUAUCUUCAGAAGCCCGAGGACGAUCGUGAGGCGGACGUGGAUGCGUGGGUGGAUGCCUUCUGCGAGCAGAUGGAGGAAGAAGGAAUGAAUUAUGACCGCAACUUUGUUCGUUCUGUCUGUGUGCUGGGCAUUUACGCUGGUGCACGCGACGAGUUUCAGCAGCGCAUGGGAAGUGGAAAGGCGGUUUAUCCCAACGGGGAUCGCUAUGACGGGGAGUUUUUUGAGGGAAAGAAGCACGGCACGGGGCGCUACUGCUUUGUCAGUCGGGGAAAGAGCGAGUGCGACCGGAUUGUUGAGAAGGAGAUGCAAAAGUUGGGAGGUGCGGUGCCGGACGAGCAGUUCAUCACAAACGUUGCUGAAAAGUACAAAAUAAGUCGUCAAAUUGUCUCGUGGAUUAUUGAGUAUGGGGUGUAUCCCUGCUACCAUGGCGACUACGUUCGUGGCGUAAGAACCGGACAGGGGCUGAUGAAGAACAAGGACGGUACCGUUUACAAGGGGGAUUUUCUGGCGAAUAAACGCCAUGGCCAGGGAAUGUUCUAUUAUUUGAAUGGCGACAUAUUUUCAGGAACGUGGAGGAAUGGGCUGAAGCAUGGCUAUGGAACAUAUCACUUUGCAGGAGGCAGUGAGUACCGCGGAUCUUGGGUGGACGGUGUCUUUACACAAGGUCAAUGGAUCUUCCCGGAUGGCACGUAUUACGAGGGAUUGUUUAACAAGAAGAACCGACCUUGCGAUGAUGCUGCGUCCAUGCACUUUCCGAGUAUCAAAAUGGCCCAGACUGGUGUUUUUAGACGUGGUGUUUGGGCACCCUCUAGUGCUCUUCAAGUUUGCGAGGAGACACCCGUGGAUGGCAUGUCAUGGAUAGAUUGA